UAUACGAAUAUAGUUGCCAGUCGAUCCGCGAAGGUGCUCCCAAAGUGGUGGUGAUACUCGUGUGCAGGCGAGCAGCAAGAGAAUCGGGCAGAAACUGUCUGUGGGCCGUCGAACGAAUCCGCGCGCCGCGAAACGAAAGGAUCUUUUCUAUUUACGCGAGAAGGAUCGGAACGGAACAGAAGCGCGCGUCUCUCGUCGGCGCAACGCCUGCGAUAUCUGUUUACACGAGCGAAUCCAAGGUGUCUCCUGCGAAGAUCCGCCGAAGGAGCCAGCCCGAGCGGCACGCCUCAACCUAACCCCGGCUCACCAUCGCCUUCGGUUGCCGAAUACGUACGCCGACUGGCGAUCCUGAAGCCUGACGGACAGACAGACAGGACACGGGGAGAGAGCACACCGAUCUCGCGACGAGGAUCCAGCAAUUUUUCACCGAGGAUGGCACCAACGAAAUGAGCGCCAGCCCGAGCACCGAGCAAGCUAGCCUCGAGAUGGAGACGCCUCUCGAGGACAAUAGCCUGAAAGUGGUGUCCCCCGUGCAGAAUGUGGCGCGGCAGGAUUCAGGGGUCCCGGAGGAUCUCGCGUCCCCAUUGGUCGACACGAGCGCGCUGUUGAACGAGGAGGAUCCCGACGGCACGAUGAACAGCGACUGCAACAUCACGGUCAUCCAUGUGACGGAGUCGGAGGCCCAUAAGACCGAUCAGACGCUGUCCGUGGACAGGAAGGAUUACGCCGGCGAGGGAAAGGACAGCAAGGACGGCAGCGACAGCGGCGUCGAGGGUUGCGCCACCGAGGUUCCAAGGGCGCGAAGCAGAAACAGCCUAGACUACGCGAGCAGUUGCGGCGGCCUGGACGAGGCCUCCUGCGACUCUAGUUUAGUGAGCUGUUGCUCCGUUUACGAGGACCCCUGCGCCACCCUUCCCGACGACGUCAGGCUGACCACCGGCGGGGAGGGCACCAGCGAGGGUGGCAGCGAGAGCUCGUCGAUCGCGGGCAGCGUGUCCGCCAGAGCGAACCGAACGAACACGAAGAGGACGGUGGCCGCGUCCAGCGUCGGCAAGAAGAAAGCGACCGCGACCGAGGCGCAGAAAAAUGUCAGGGCCAAGCCGACCCCUCUGACCACCAGCUACGCGGCGGCUACGCCCAGGUCGAAGCCCAGAACCGCGACGCCGAGGAGCAUCCUGAGCAAAACGCAACCGGUGACAAGGGCCAGGUCCAGGGAGAAGUCGACGGUGAAGGAGGCCUCCUUGGAGGGCACGCCCUCGGGCAACCGGGUGUCGACGACGUUCCGUUCCGGGGCUGUUUCGGUGACCCCGCGCACCAGGACGAGACCAAUCCCCGAUUCACUGCCAUCAGCGCUGACCACAGAGAUCAACAAGGAUCUGGCGCAGCGUGGAAGAGGUACCGGCGGCGGUUCUGGCAGCUGCAGGUCCCGAGGCGGAUCCAGCACCAGAGGCGCCCGUACCCCUAGUUCUACACCGUCCGAGGAGGUCCGCAAGCCACUCGGCACUCCCAGGGUGCCUUACAACGGCCGCGGGGACUCGUCCCGAAUCUCCAGGCCCGACAAGAUGAUGACAAUGAGCGCAGACAAUAAAGCGUUGGACACGUACGCCACCCUGCCAAGGAGGAACCGGAACAAGAUUAGUAUUCCCAAGGCCGGCGAGAAGACCGACAAACUGACCAGAAGCAGGUCGGGCAGCAGGGACGCCAGUUUGAGCAGGCAGGCCGAGAAGAAAGGCGGCGUCGGCAAGGAGUCGUCCGUUCACAAGAGCCUGCCGCCCUAUCCGAGGCACAAGGUGGCCGAGAAGACUCGUAUCUAUCACGAGACCAGCGUGCAAACUGGUCUGACUGGUCAGGACAUAGAGAACGCUUUGUCCGGCGUUCCGACGGUGGUCGCCGGCCCGGAAGUGGUCGAGAGACUGCACGAAGGGUGCCAGACGGAGGGCACGUGGGACGACAUGCACACCAUGCAGGGCGAUCUGAAGAGGCUGACCGAAGAGACCAGCAGCCAGAAGCAGGAGAACGAGAAGCUCAAGGCCGAGAUCACCGAGGUGAAGCGGCUGCUUGAAGAGGAGCAGGCGGACCAUGCGUUUGCUAGGCAGGAGCUGGACAGGAACGCUCAGAGAGUACUUGCCAUGCUUGGGACACCUCAGUCGGAACACGCGGAGGGUAGCGACAGUUUCCUGGAGCUGGAGUGCCAUUUACAGUCGUCGGGACAAGUUGUGGCUAAUCAGCAGCUGGAAAUAGCGGAUCUUCAGUCAUUGUGCCGCAUGCUGAGCAGGGAUUUGGAGAAGAGCCUGGCAGCCCAGAAAGCGUUGUUGCAGCAGCAACAGGAGCUGGAGGCGGAGUCGGCCGAGAUGCAGGAUUUCCUUCAAGAGGAGAAAGCUACUUUAGCGGAGGCUCUGAAGGAGGCAGAGACAGAGCUGUCCAAGAAGGAAGAGAUGCUGACUAAGCGUGAGAUGGAAUUGGAAAGGCAAACGGAGGAAUGCAAACACCUAGUUAGGAUCAGCGAGCAACGAAGGCAAGAAAAUUUAUCCAUGAGCAUGAAACUGAACGCUGUCGAACGACGAAGCAGAGAACUGUUGCUCACGCAAGGCGCCGCAGUUUCCGGGGCUGCGGUCGCGCUUUCCGGUUUGGGAACUAGGUUAGAGGGAUUGGUAGAUCAGUUGAUCACUUCCUACAAUAUCUCUGUAAAGGACCUCGAGGAUGUAAUAUACCACAAUGAAGCGUACAGUAGAAGCAAUAGUAGCAUCGAGUCCAGUCCUGUUAGCUCGAAACACAGCCUGAAAGAGUGCACUCCUAGUCCAAAGAGCGGUUCCUUCGUCUCCGCGGUGAUCGGCGCGAUUCGGAACGCGGCGACACAUCCUUUCGCGACGAAAAACACCGACAAGAAGUCCUCGUUAGAGUCGGCGAAGCAAAUUUACAGAGAAGAAUUAAGCAUGGAGUCCUCGUCGGAUCUGCUCGAUUUCGAGACAGAACCUUGCUUGAUGAUGGAGAGCGUCCUGGAAGAUGUUCCUCUGCCCGACACCUAUUCGCACAACAUGGUCUCGAGUAGCGACUCUCUACGCAGAGCUCUGAGCUUCCCGGAGACCGUCGACGAGAGCAAUCUCAAAAAGACUCGCACCAACGACGAGUGUUCUAGCCUCACCAAUCUCACGCAAGCGAUUUUGCACCGUCGCAAGGUGGAGAACGAAGAGGACGACGAUUGCGACUCGAUCAGCGAAUCCGACACCGGCACCAACGAUGGUCCGCUGGCUUCGGAUUACUGUCCCGCGGUCGGUCUCGUUGAUCAAGUAAUUGACGUGGACAAUCUGCUGACAAAAUUGCUGAAGGUGUUGCGGAUCAUUCAGCUCGACAACGACACCUGCAUUCAGGAACUGAAAGAGGAAAAGUCCGAUCUGGAGACGAAAUUGGAGGUGACCGUCACCGAGUUGGAGGAGAUGCGCAAGAUAGUGGAUAACCUGCAUCAGUCCGACGAGAUUCUGAGCAACUCAUCGGACAGGCGUCGCAGCGUGAUGGAGAACUGUCGACUUCUGUUCAAAGAGGCGGUUAAGGAGGAAUUAAAUUUUCACGAGUCCGCAGUCGCUAAUAAUAGCGGUCCCGGGGAACCGGGAGACUACGAAGAUCUCAACGCUAACGCAGCGGCUCAACUUCCUUCCUAAAGCACGCGUGUGUGUGUGUGUUUUCCAUCUGAUUAUUACUAUUGAAUCACAGUUUAUCGGCGACGUGCGAAAUGGCUGGCGAGCCUAUCGCGUACAAUAACGAAUUACGGCAUCCGUGGGGCUCGGAAAGACGUUGUUUGCCCCAGUCUACUAUUUUAUACAGGAUGACGAAAACGACAUGUAUAAAUGUUUCGGGCCGACGUCGAGGACGGAAGGUGACGUCGAAGAGGAGGGAACAAUAUUAUGAGAACAAUCACCACGCUGUAAACUCUAAAAAACAAAUAGUGCCAUUUUAAAAACCGUUCGUUCGUGUUCAUCGUCAAAAGAAAUAUCUUCAAUCGGAGAUCCGUGUAACAUUUCUCUUCUCUUCUUCGACAUUUCCUUCCGUCGUCGACUCACUAACAGAAAUACUUUUGUGAUUCGCGUGCGAGGAAACAAACACUGUUUCAUUUAGCAUGGACAAACGUGCACGAUAAUUUGUCGCAACGGGCUCCAGGAUGCGAUAGUCCGCCAUUGGCCGUGUGUUAUCGUUUGCACAACCGUGCGUCGGUGUUCUAUGAUGAAUUUUAUCGACAGAGAAAAACACGUAUUAUUUCUCUCUCGCCGAGCGAUGCCAUUGGUGAUUAGUCGGAGCGACAUUAGUCGACGAGCUAUUAUUAUAAUAAAAUAUGUUUCCGCGUGUGUCGAAGUCGUGUACAGCUUUCUUCGUUCGGUCGUGUAGCCAAACUAUACUCGUGCGCUUCAGUAUUUCUCCUCGUCGAGUCGCGUUUCAUGUAUAUAACCGUAAACAAAACCUCCCCCUACCCCGUAUGAUUUCGACGCUGAAUCGAUGACCAGUCUAGAGUUACCGCGAACCUUGCCUGCCGGCGUUCUAUUGUUCAGCCGAGAUCGUUACUUCGACCCGCACCACGGUUCGGAUCACUAUCGUUUCUCGUCUAGCGUAAUUUAUUGUUAAGGGUUUAGACGUUAACCGCGCUCUAGAAUUAAUUCGCGGUUGAGAGAAUUCGCUUCGAGUGUAACCGACGAACCAAGGAAUUUACUUAAAAACUCGUAGCUCUAACGAAUCGACUCUUCUCAUAUGCCCACCGAGAGCACCGACCAGAUUGUGCUUCUAAACGAACGUAAUUCCCUCGCGAGAGUGGUCGAAAUUCCUCCGCGACAGCGAAAACGGAUUUACACAGAUCUCGGUCCACCUUGAAGGACAACAAAACACUCUAUUCACGAAAAAAAGCUUCACUUCCUCGUUCGAGUAUUGACGAAACAAAAAAGGAUGACAAAAAAUAUAUAAAUAAAUAAACGGAACACUUUUAACGUGAGA